AUGGGUGCGACAAUCCAUCACAACUGCGAUCCCAUUAUCACUCUAGCCUCCUCAACCGUCUCUAUCCCAUCCAUCCUCAUCCUCCUUUCCAUCAUGACUCGGACCAACAAAGGAAAUGACCGCAACCACAGUGCCAUCGCCGAUGGUUCUGCCCUCCCUGAAGAACGUCUCCCUCGCUACUUCGCCAAACAUGGCCACAUUGAUGCCGAUCCCAAAGGUGUGAAGAAACAAGGCGGUGGCAAGGGCAACUGGGGCCGCGAAGGUGACGAAAUUCAGGACUACGACUACAAGUUCACCAAUGCUCGUCGUCGAUCCAACUCCAGCACCCAGGUCCUAGGUGACUUCAAGACAAAAUUCGAAACCCAUGAUGCGGAGCCUGUCUUUGAAGAGGAGUUGCACGGACCUACCGACGAAGAUAUCGAGAAGGCCUCUACUCUUUCCAAGGAAGAGAGCAUUGACUCCAGCACUAUGGGAGGGAGCCUCGAUGACGAAGACAAGAAGAUGUAA